CGCCGGGUAGGGGGUUGCGGGGCUCGAAGUUGCAACGUGAGGACGAGGGGUCCCCUCCCCAGCACCAUGUCACCCCCGUGCCAGCACCGGUGUGGGGUGUGAGCUGCCAGGAGACAGGGACUCCCCCACCAUCCAGCUGGCAAUCAGAACCACCCACGCCUGGACAUGGCACCAAACUGGAUCCGAUCCGGCACCGGUCGGACUCUGAGCUCCCUCCGCCAGCUGCUGCUCCAGGCUGGGCCCCGGCACGUCCCCUGCGGGCGGAGAACCUCCUCCCAGGCUAGCAAAUCCGACCCCGAGGGGCUGGGGCGGAAAAUGACCCAGCUCAAGAACAAGGCAGAGAAGCGGAGGAGGCAGCGUGAGAGGUUGGAGUCCAUUGAAGCCGCAGUGGCCCGGAGGCAGGAGGUACCUCAGGGGCAGGCUAAGGCGUGGACUCCGAAAGACGUGGUUCUGUACAACAUCCCAACGGCCGCCGGUCAGAAGAAAGACACUUCCGUGCCCCUGCCGGCCUCUUACAGCCCCCGCUACGUGGAAGCCGCGUGGUAUGGGUGGUGGGAGAAGGAAGGAUUCUUCAAACCUGAAUAUCAGAGCCAGCAGCCCCAUGGGAAACCAGAAAUCUUCUCCCUCUGCAUCCCCCCGCCCAACGUCACGGGGUCCUUGCACCUGGGCCAUGCCCUCACGGUAGCCAUCGAGGACUCGCUGGUGCGAUGGCGCAGAAUGCAGGGCUUCCAGGUGCUGUGGGUGCCGGGAUCGGAUCAUGCCGGAAUCGCCACUCAGGCAGUGGUGGAGCGCAAGCUCUGGAAGGAGCAGGGCGCCCUGCGGCAGGACCUGACGCGAGGGGAAUUCCUGGCCGAGGUCUGGAAAUGGAAAGAGGAGAAAGGGGAUGAGAUUUUCCGACAGCUCAAGGCUCUGGGGGCAUCUCUGGAUUGGGACCGACUCUGCUUCACCAUGGACGCUGGGUUCUCAGCGGCCGUGGCAGAGGGGUUCAUGCGAUUGCACGAGGACGGGCUGGUGUACCGCGACCGGCGCCUGGUGAAUUGGUCGUGCGCCCUGCGCUCCGCCAUCUCCGACGUGGAGGUAGAGACCCGGCAGCUCCAGGGUCGGACUGUGCUCCCUGUGCCCGGCUGCCCGGAACCGGUGCCCUUUGGAGUGAUGUUCACCUUUGCCUACAAAGUGGAUGGACAGGAGGACGAGGAGCUCCCUGUGGCCACCACCCGCCCGGAGACGAUGCUGGGGGACAUGGCUGUGGCCGUCCAUCCCGACGACCCACGGUUCACGCACCUGCACGGCAAGCGGCUCCAGCACCCAUUCACUGGGCACCUCCUGGCCAUCAUCACGGACCCCCUGGUGGAGCGAGACCUGGGCACAGGAGCCGUGAAGGUGACGCCGGCGCACAGCCAUGCCGACUACGAACUGGGCAAGCACCAUGGGCUGCCCCUGGUCUCUGUGAUCGGGGAGGAUGGGGCCAUGACAGCUGAGUGUGGAGACUGGCUCCAGGGCUUGAAUCGCUUUGUGGCUCGUGAGAAAGUGGUGUCUGCUUUGAAGGAGAGAGGCCUGUACCGGGGUAUGAAGGAUCAUGCCAUGGCGCUGCCCCUCUGCAGUCGCUCCGGAGACGUGGUUGAGAACCUGCUGAAGAGCCAGUGGUUUCUCCGGUGUGAGGAAAUGGCCCAGAGAGCCCUGGAGGCUGUGGAGUCAGGGCGUCUGAAACUCACCCCGAAAUUUCAUGAGAAGAACUGGAGGACGUGGCUGUCCAACAUCAGCGAUUGGUGCAUUUCCCGACAGCUGUGGUGGGGCCAUCAGAUUCCAGCCUAUCAGGUCUCUGUCUCAGGGUCAUGUGACUUAGGCAAGGAUGGGAGUGAUGCAUUGUGGGUUGUGGGCAGGACAGAGGCAGAAGCCCGCAGAAAAGCAUCAGGGAUUUUGAAGAAACCGGAAGAGGAAAUGGAGCUGGUGAGAGAUGCUGAUGUCCUGGAUACCUGGUUCUCUUCUGCUCUCUUCCCCUUCGCCGCGCUGGGCUGGCCCCGUAAGGUUGGAGACCUCCGGGAAUUCUAUCCCAACAGCCUCUUGGAGACGGGCAGCGACCUGCUUUUCUUCUGGGUGGCUCGGAUGGUGAUGCUGGGGGAGCAGCUGACUGGAGAGCUGCCGUUCUCCCAGGUUUUCCUGCACUCCCUGGUACGUGAUGCCCACGGCCGGAAGAUGAGUAAAUCUCUGGGGAAUGUCGUAGACCCACUGGACGUCAUUCACGGGGCCUCGCUGCAGGAUUUGCAGGGGAGGCUGCAAGAUGGGAACCUGGACCCCCAAGAGGUGGCCAUCGCUAUGGAGGGACAGAGACGAGACUUCCCCCAGGGGAUCCCCGAAUGCGGCACCGACGCCCUGAGAUUCGCGCUGUGCUCCCAUCGGGUCCAAGGGGACGACAUUAACCUGGAUGUGGCCAUGGUGCUGAGCUCCCGGCACUUCUGCAACAAGGUGUGGAACGCCGUCCGAUUCACUCUGGGGGCCCUGGGAGAGGGGUUUGCCCCGCAGACCCCGGAGGAGGUCUGCCCCAGCUCCCCCAUGGACCGAUGGAUCCUUAGUCGUCUCUACCACACUGCAGCGGACUGCAGCCAGCGGUUCGGGGAGUAUGAGCUGCAUUUGGUCACAUCCACCAUCCACCACUUCUGGCUGCACAACUUCUGCGACGUCUACUUGGAGUCGGUGAAGCCUGUGCUGCAGAGCAGGGAUCAAUCCCGGAUCCUGCAGACCCACCAGACCCUCCUUAGCUGCGCCGACCUGGGCCUGCGCCUCCUCUCGCCCUUCAUGCCCUACCUGACGGAGGAGCUGUGGCAGCGGCUCCCCAAGCCGGACGCGGACUCCGCUCCCAGCAUCUGCGUGGCCGGAUACCCCAGUGCUGGGCAGCUGGCCCACUGGUGUCGCCCCGCAGAUGAGGACGACUUCCUGCUGGCGCAGGAAGUGGUGCGUGUGGCGCGCGCCCUGAGGGUGACCUACCGGCUGACGAGAGCCCGGCCGCCCGUCUACGUGAUGUGCUCAGAGCCAGCUGCCCACAGGGUGUACGAGGAGUACAGAGAGCCCCUGCAAACCCUGUCCCUGGCCGGCUCUCUGGAGCUCUGCCCCUCCUCCAAGGGUGCGGAGCCUCCUGUGGGCUGGGUGUGGGGGAGAGUGAACGACCACACUGAGAUCUAUAUGGACCUACAGGGGCUGGUUGACCCCGAGGCGGAGCUCCCCAGGCUAGCGGCCCGUAAGAAGAAGCUGGAGCGGCAGAUCUUGGAGCUCACGGCACGGACCCAGGCAUCUGGCUACCAGGAGAAGGUCUCACCGAGAGCCCAGGCAGAGCGUCAGCAGAAGAUUUCCUCUCUCCGGACGGAGCUGGAGCAGCUGAAUCAGGCCCUGGAGAGCUUCGGCCUCAUGUCAGCAGGGCUGGGAACGCCUCCGUCAGCCGAUGAGUGAGUCACCUCUGGGCAAACUGGAUCCGUCGCUGCUGGAUGUGGAAGGGACCCAGGCGAUCGGGCAGCCAGAGGCCGGGCUCUAAUGCUGAGGAUCGAUGUGACUGAGAUGCGAAGAGUCUUGAAGGCCUGUAGGGGGCCAGCUGCAGGGGGUCACUCGUGCUGCAGAGCACCAGAGUGCAGGUGCAGACUGCUCUGCCCUGGCCACCAGGGGUCUCACUCGCGCCACGGAUGGCACAAACAAGCCAAUUUCUAAGGGGCAGAGGACACUGCCCUGUCUGAGUGCAUGGAACACCCCUUGUCCCCCUCUAACCUAAGGGCAGGGCUCACUUACCUCCAGGGGGCGCUGUGACCCUCAGGCUCUGCCCCACCCUCAUGAGGGUAAUUCAGACUGAACGGCCUCUGGACUUGGAUUUCCCGCAGGAACCAGCUUCUGUUUGUCAAACCAGGCGCAUCCCCGUGGGCAGAUGUCACAGACCUGUAGCCCGUUCAUCUCUAAUGGCGCUGGCUUUUAUGGAAAUGAGGCGGGGCCCGUAGCCUUCUGGGAAAACGAGCCAGUGGGUCUGUGGGGAAGGUGGGUCACCCAUUAAAACUGAUGGGGAACUAACCUGC